GGAGAAUCCUCCUCCUCCACUUGGAUCGCUUCAGCCCGCCCCUCUAGUCCACUUUUUCCUUUCUCUCACUCUCUCUCUUUAAACCUCUCACUCCCUCUACUGUCUUGCCUCUCUUUCUCUCUCUUUCUCUCUUUUUCUCUAUCUGUCUUCCACUUCUUUUCAUCUGCCAGAAGCUCACAGGCUCACUGCUCUAUCUUCAACCACUGAAGAUUCAGAAGCACUCCGGACGAAGACCCUGUCACAGAAGCCAAGAUGGCAAUGAGCAGCAUCCUCAACACUGAUGACAUCAAGAAAGCUUUAGAUGCAUUUGCAGUUGCUGACUCUUUUGACCAUAAGAAGUUUUUCGAGAUGGUGGGUCUGAAGUCCAAGUCUGCUGAUGAUGUGAAGAAGGUCUUCACAUUGCUGGACGCGGACAACAGCGGCUUCAUAGAGGAGGAAGAGCUGAAAUUCGUCCUGAAGGGCUUUGCCAAAGAUGGCAGGGACCUGACAGACAAAGAAACCAAAGCAUUUUUAAAAGCAGCUGACAAGGAUGGAGACGGCAAGAUUGGAGUUGAUGAAUUUGCUGCCCUUGUGAAAGAAUAAUUCCUCUGCACUGCUAAAGGAUUGCCUCUCAACCAACACCACAUCCUGGCCCCCCCCCCCCCCCCCCCCCCC